AUGCGCUUCGUCGUUUGGGCGCUUCUCCCUGCGGCAGCUGCAGACACCUGUUUCGGGGACGCCGCCAAUUGUGGCAACCUCGCACAUUGUGGGGAGUGCCAGGUGCAGUGCAGCUGCCAAGGCCGCAGCAACUGUUUAGGCUCCGAUUCUUUGCUUCGAUGUUUGGGUCAGAAUGAUCCCAUCCGGAACUUGUCGAAGGAUCAAUUUCAAUAUGGCACCUGCAACAGCGCCGACACCAGCCCCGUGGGCCUCGUGACUGCAGAUCCCUGUGGCUAUGAUCUGUGCUGCCCCUCCACGCCCUUUACUCCGUCUGGCUGCGAGAAUGCCAUCGACCAACGCUUGGGCAUGCCGGGGCAGUGCCAGGCGAUGGUCAGUAGUGGCACCUACAGCUGCGAGGCCAGUUUUUGCCCCACCUGCGGUCCGCUGGCCGGGCAAUGUGACCAGCUCUGUGGCUUCGGACUCUGUGCAGUUUGUGGGGACUGUUGGCCCUCCGCGCGCUUGGCCGUGGGCCGUCCCGACCGCUGUGACGAUGGCAACUCGCAGGACGGCGAUGGUUGCAGCAGCACCUGCGAGGUCGAAGAGGGCUGGAGCUGCACCCGAGAGAUCGUUCCCAUUAUGAACACCGCCUUGAACGUGCAGACCAUCAUUGAGGUCGACAGGUGUCGCCGCUGCACGGACUCUCCGGCCGGGUGGACCGACAGCCAGGGCUACACCUGCCAGGACUAUGAGACCUUCGGUGCUUGUGACGCUGCCUCCGUGCCGACGGAUCCCAUCAAUCUCGGGGGAAGACUAAGAUCUUCCCCGGAGUAUUUCCAAUACGAGUUCCUCUAUGAUGUGAACAUCACUCAAGAUCAACCGUUGAUGAUGAUCGUCUCCGUCCAAGCGGACAGCAACGCGCACCUCUUCCUGGGGACGCCACGCGAGGCUGGCUUCGAGAUUGUCUUGGGUGGCUGGAACAACGGACUCUCAGUCCUGCGGACGUAUCCCACGACACAGCAGCUGGGCAACUACUACGGGACGGUGCAGCCGUUUGCACACCAAGUGGAUUGUGUUGGGUCUACUCCCAGCCAUGUUGAGAGAGGGAGAUUGAACUUGGUUUCUUCUUAG